GCCUUGCGCAUGCUCACAUCGUAGUAGAAUGCGGAUUUCGAAGCUAAUAAGAAUAGCUAGCUAGUAAGCUAAAAACAACGUUCAGGUUGUAACGCUUUAAACAGAUAAAAUGUCCAAAACACACCCACAACCCCCGCUAUCCUCGGCAGCGACGACAACCGGAGGACCCUCUUCGUCCUCCUCAUCCUCGCCCGCUGGGGGCUCGACAUCUCCCGCAACCGUAUUGAACGUGCAGCCAGAGAAACCUCAACAUUACACAUAUCUGAAGGAGUUCAGAACAGAACAGUGCCCUCUGUUCGUACAGCACAAAUGUACACAACACAGGCCUUUCUCCUGUUUCCACUGGCACUUCCUAAACCAACGACGCCGCAGGCCCAUCCGCAGACGGGACGGGACCUUCAACUACAGCCCAGAUGUGUACUGUACCAAGUAUGAUGAGGGGACAGGAACCUGCCCUGAUGGAGACGAAUGCCCAUUUCUACAUCGAACAGCAGGCGACACAGAACGAAGGUACCACCUCCGCUACUACAAGACGGGCUCGUGUAUCCACGAAACGGAUGCAAAAGGCCACUGCAGUAAAAACGGCUCCCACUGUGCCUUUGCACACGGAUCACAUGACCUUCGCAGCCCUGUGUAUGAUAUCAGAGAGGUGCAGAUCAUGGAGUCUCAGGGGGGACCAGGAGCCUCGGAGGGAGGUGGGGGAGAUGGACAGUCAGGACAAGCAGCAAGUACAGCGCUCAUAGAGAAGAUCCUCAGUGAGGAACCACGCUGGCAAGAUAACAACUAUGUGCUGUCCCACUACAAGACAGAGCUCUGUAAGAAACCCCCGCGCCUGUGCCGUCAGGGUUAUGCGUGUCCAUACUACCAUAACAGCAAAGACCGGAGGCGCAGCCCACACAAGCACAAAUACAGAGCCUUGCCGUGCCCAGCGGUGAAACAGAGUGAGGAGUGGGGGGAUCCCAGUAAAUGUGAGGGAGCAGAGGGAUGUCAGUACUGCCACACUAGAACAGAGCAACAGUUCCAUCCAGAGAUCUACAAAUCCACUAAGUGUAAUGACAUGCAGCAGUGUGGCAGCUGCCCCAGAGGGCCCUUCUGUGCCUUCGCUCAUGUUGAAAAGCCCUUUGCUCCAGAGGAACCAUCCUUCCCUACACCGAGCUCCCCUCCGCCUCCCAGACCUCCAGACCCUCUUCCUUCUCAGGAAGCUUCAUUAAGUCCCAGCAGACACAGCAUGGGGCCUGGGCCAGGUUUGGGGAUGGUUUCAGACCCCUUCACACCAUCUGUAGGGUCUUGUGUAGCGAAGCAGGGACUUCUUGGUAGCGUUUUAUCUCUGUGUGAAGAGUUGAGUGGAGGAGCGGAGCCUCUGUCACCAUGGGCCGGAGAGGGAGGGUACUGCAGAGCGCCGGGGUUUGAGAGGGAAGAUCAGGCUAAGCAAAGGAGUUUUGCUCUCGAGCAGCGAAACAGAGAAUUAUCAUCGACGCAGAGUAAACAGGACCUCUUAGUGUUUCUUCCUGUGGGCAGCCCUUUGAGUCUGUCCUCCAGCAUCCCUUCAAGUUUAGCUGCCACGCCACCCAGUCCUGCCCCGCCUGGACCACCGGGGUCCAGCAUCUCAUCAGGCAUGAAUGCUAACGCCCUGCCCUUUUACCCCACCAGUGAGACUGUGGAGUCGGUUGUUGAGUCCGCCUUGGAUGAUCUGGACCUGAAUGAUUUUGGCGUGUCGGCUUUGGAGAAGAGCUUGGAGAGCAGCUCUGCGCUCCCCGGUGGAGGAGUAGUUCUUGGAGGUAGCCAGUUUCAAAGUUCAGCCCCAGUCAAUAUCCCCGGAUCCUUUAGCAGCUCUGCUCCGUUUAGCUCCCCCUCUCCGUCUCCCCCUAUCAGGCCUCACACCUCGCCAUUCUUUUCCUCCCACCUGCCUCAACCCGGCCAAUCAGAAAGCACCUUCUUAGGACCAUCUCAUAGCUCUUUAGGCCUUAAUGGUAUGAGCACUAAUAUCUGGGAGCAUUUUCCCUCAGGCCAGGGCUCCCCUGGUACACCCCCCACCCUGCUGCCCUCUGGCCCCUGCGCUGAGUCUUCCAGGCUCAAACAGGAACUGGAGGAAGCCCACAGGGCGCUGAAGCAGUGGGGUCACAGCUGGAGACACACAGCUCAGUCGUGGGCCGCCCUGAAAGCAGACGCAGAAGAGUCCCGUGCCCAUGCAGCACGGUUAGCCAUGGAGGCCGAGAGAGCCAGACAGGCCGAGGAGGAGGCACAGAGACAGGCUUCUCUGCUGCAGGAGGCGCUGGAGAGCUUAAGGAGUGGAGACAAUCCUCAUCUAGCACUGCACCAACUGCAGCUUCUACACCGGCUACCCCUGGAGUCAGUGCUCAGUUUGCAGGCUCAGCUCUGUAGCUGUUUACGUGCUGUGGAACAGGUGGUUUACAGGAAACAGAGACAGUGCUGUGUGACGUGCGGGGAGCAGGGCUCAGUGUCACUGUCCUGUGGUCACGGACUUCAGUGUGAGAGCUGCUCCACCUCGACAGAGUGCCCGCUCUGCCCCGAACAGUCCCUUGAGCAGCCCCUCUCUUGACCUCACCGCCCUCUAGGACCACCACAGAUUCCAGACCAGUCAGUCCUGAUUCCACAGAUGCCAGCCUUGGAUCUCAACCUCCGUUCAAAGAUGUGUUGGGCUCAUUUUAUAACGUGGUAACAACACUAGCACUGAUCUGGUAUUGUACUUUUAAGAUGAUGUUUACUGAUGAGUGAUCAUUUUAAUGAGAACGCCCCAAAUGUGGACUUAAGGAUGAAUCAUUAAUCCAGCGCUGCCCGAGGAGCAUCCGUAAAUUUAACUAGUUCUCGCUCUUGACCAGCAACACUGUUCUUCCCCCUGAUCUUCAUCCAUGAACGUAACGUGAAGACCUUAAGUUACUAUGGAACAAUUAUAUCCAUGGUUCUUAAACAUGUUUUGAUAAAGCAUAAGCUGGACUUCAUGGAGUGUUAUCUGUCCAUCUGAAAAUAUCAGGUUAGACGUUUGUCAUCAGCUGUUCGUACUUAGACCAAUGAAAGGUGAAGCAUUAUAAUCACUUAUCCCCCACAGAGUAAUGAUGAGAUUUUGAGGUCUUUGGGAGGCCUUCAGUGUCCACGAGGGUCACACCACUUUAAUCUAAAUCCACUGUAAACCCACAAGUGGAAAUAUGAAACACACAGGAGUCCUGUGGUAAAGAGACAAAGUCCGAUCCAGCUCAUUACGUUUGAAAGAAAACGGCAUCAAUUCUGGAGGUUAUUUUAAAUGGAAUGUAAAGGAACUUUCAUCAGACUCAGGAGGAUCGUAGUGAAGCGAAAAUUCUGCUCUGUUUUUUCUUAAUGAACAAGUUAAUUAUCUCUGAAUUAUGAGAAAAGUGUUCUGUUCUUUCUGAAGAAAAAACAAUCCGCUCUGUUUUCUCAGAGCGGGGCUUACGUCUAAACAGCUGCAGAGUCCUCAGGUGCCUGCCCAAAGUGGAAGCGCUAAUCACAAUACCAUCUAUGUUACUUAGAGACACUCGUACCCCCAACGUCUUAAACCCAGAGCAAAAUAAACUGGGUUAAACUGAACAACGUGGCAUGUUUACUUCCUCGUGUGGCCUUGACGUGCUAUUGGGAUUUUACUAUAGAGGCGUUAAUUCAGAAAAACAGAGCAGAUAAAUUUUUUUUUUUUUAUUCAGAAAAAAAGAACACUUCUCGUAAUUCUAUAAUAAUUACCUCAUUAAUUCAGAAAAACAGAGCAGAAUCUUUUUUCCUCAUGUGAAUGUAAUACGCUUCAGUAGGAUCUUCUGAUGGGACAAAGUACCUGUAUUUGACGGCUUGGGAUUAGAAGCACAAAAAAAAAGUGGAUCCAUUUCCCUGAGAUUUACGGUACGAACAGGUGAAGGAGAAUCUGUGUGAUGACGUUUGUGGCCUUCUUUUGUACGACAGAGGUCAAAGAGUAUUUCCUGUUUUGGAAGUCAAAGCUCCAAAAUGUUUCUCUUAAAUGUCUAAAGAAGUCAAGAAUCAUCACCAUCAGUUCAAAUCAGAAUAUGUCUAAUUAAGUAAACUCACAGAUCCCACUCAUGGAUAACACUUGUUCUCCAUGACCACACAGAUAAACGUAAAACUACUCCUCAGCUCUUGAACCCUCCCGGAUGGACAGAUCACACUGCAGGUUCCCAGCUUCUAUGUGACCCACAUGAACCGGUCUGAAUGAAAACACACAAACAUGUGUUGCUGCAGCCCAAAGGGAGCCGUCUCACUCGUCUGCUGGUCUCUAGAUUUGAAGUUUUUCAUUGAGAGGAAAGCUUCAGUGACUGUUGGAUAAAAACAGUUAUUUAAAACAUUUAUUAUUCUUUCAAGUUACAACAGAUGGCCUCUGUUAAAGCUCUCAGGUUUCUCUUAUAUUCUUCUACAUAAACUGGAAGAGGAAAGCAUGUUAACACAAUCAAAGCAAAUGUACUCAGUCAACUCGUGUAGUCUUUGAAAUAACAUUUUUUAUUUUUAUCUAAAUACUUUUCAUGUUAACUCAAGCGUAUUUUUGUUCCAAUCAUCCCGUUUCCUCUUUCUCAAAUCAUUGGUGACACGUUCCUCUGCCGUCAUUCUGACAGUCGUAGUAACCUUUGACCUUUCACCCUGUCAGGACAUAGUUAAGUGAUGUCUUAUCUCUUGAACUGAGUGGACAAACAUCAGGAAGCAGACGGACAUGUUAAGGAGUGUGAGGUUUAAAUGCAGAUGUGAAAGUGUUCAUGAUCACUGUGAUGGUCUUUGAUAAAUCCAUGCUCAGCAUUCUCUCCAUACACAACUCAUCCAACAACAGUGUUUCUUUCUGAGUGGACUUUUCUUUGUUUUUGGUACAGAUCAUUAAAACAAAUUGUAUAUUUUUGGAGGAAAA